GAAUCCUUUGUGUUAAGCAUCAAUACCGGUGUGGUCGUCCCCAUGAUGUUCAAAUCCAACAUCUCGAAUCACAACAACACACCCCAACAUCUGCCACCAUGAGCGAAGCCACAGGAAGGAUACCAGGCCAACCGCGCCAAUCCGAUCCAUAUGAUGGAGCAAGAGCCGUCUUAUCCGUACCCAAAGCCCACGUGAAAAUUGUAAAGUCGUUGUUGGAGAGCCACAAGAUAUUCGAUCGAUACCAUGGAAUUUCUCCAGAACCGAACGACGCAAAACAUGCAGCGUCAAACGGGCAGCGAAUGCGCGUACCUACAACGAUACCGUGCGUACAACUGGCCGACGGUUGGAGUACAACUGCGGAGAGGGCCCAACUACUCGUGGGGCUUCAGCUGCAUGAUAUCUCUCCGGACAUCACGUGCUCAUCCUGGAUCCCCCCAGAGACCAAUAGUUACAGACCCGUCGCCGCGUCACAUAACCCCCUCCGCAAAGCCGUUCGAGAAGCUCUCGAAGCCCUACCGUCAGGCACACUCGCCUCUCUGAACCUCACCAUCGAUGCUCUCGUCGUUAGGUUCCCCGACUCCUACUCAAUAUACAAGCCGCUCCUCCUCCUACCCAGCAACUCCCUUGGCUCGGACUUGUCCUUCAUUGUUUUGCAUCAUGCAGGCAUCUUCGAACGGGUGUGGGACCACAUAGCCGAUGCACUGCACUGCACGCACAUCGCGCUCAACUCGCCGAUUCCGCCUUCCAACACGCCUUCUUCCGCGCAUGCUGGAGAUGAAGACAAUAUCCUCCGCAGUCCCGUAAAUCUGACUCCGAUAUACGGCACCUUCGGCCCCUCGCCAACGCUGCAAACACUGAGCGCCCCUAGCCAGAAAGAUUUCGAGGACGCGCUCUGGGUGCACACAACGCAGAACUCCGUCCACCAGACCUGGGCACCCUUGUACACGAUGUUCAGCCGUGGCAACGUCAAGGAAAAAGCGCGUCUCCUUUCCCUGCCCUCCAUUACAUCCCUCGCCCCCUCCUCAUCCGCCUCUCAAACACAAGAGGGAGCAACGGCGGUGGACAUGUACGCCGGCAUCGGCUACUUCUCCUUCUCCUACCGUCGAGCCGGCCUCACUCGGGUGCUAUGCUGGGAACUCAAUCCCUGGAGCGUCGAAGGUCUGCGUCGCGGCGCUGCGCUAAACAAUUGGAGUGGGCGCGUAUUCACGCCCGCCGACAUCCCUUCACCCUCCUCAACAUCUGGUGAAUGGGAAGCCUGGCGUACCAAUAUUAUAAAGGGCAAGGAGGAUUUCUGGAUCUUCGCCAUGAGUAACGAGACCGCGGAUCGCAUCGUACAAUGUCUGAGGGACUAUAUACCCCCGGUCCGACAUGUGAACCUCGGACUGCUGCCGGUGUCGAGAUUGAGUUGGCCAAGCGCUGUGAGGGCAGUGGAUAGGAGACUGGGAGGCUGGGUGCAUGCGCAUGAGAAUGUUGGGGUGGUGGAGAUGGAUGAGCGGAAGGUGGAGGUUGAGACGGAGUUCCAGAGGUUGACUGACGAAUGUGCUGAUGAGAGGAGGUCGGUGGCUGGUGACGCAGAAGGAUUGAAGAGGAAAGCGCAAGUGGAGCACGUGGAGAAAGUGAAGACGUAUGCGCCGGGGGUUGUGCACGCUGUGAUUGAUGUGCACAUUCCUGGUACACAAGCAGCUGAAUGA